AUGACCCUCACCGGCCACUGUCUCUGCAAAGCCGUCACCUACACGGUCGACGUCGACAAACCUCUCCUAACCGGCUACGACCACUGCGACGACUGCCAGCGCCAGUCCGGCUCGACCUACUCCCUCGUCUGCGUCGUCCCCAAGGACAAGCUCUCGGUCCAGGGCCCGCUCAAGAAGUGGAAAGGCGUGGCCGACUCGGGCAACGCCGUCUACCGCUGGUUCUGCGGGGAGUGCGGCUCGCCCAUCGCCCACGACCCGGACGCCGCGCCCGACAUCAUUGCGCUCAAGGGCGGCUCGCUGGCGACGGAAAUCAAGAAGGGCCUGAAGCCGGAUACCGAGAUCUGGACCGUCAGCAAGCUGCCGUUCUGCCAGGAGCAUCUGGCUAAGCCGUUCGAGCAUAUGCCGCAGUGA